ACCAUCAUCGACUCCGUUUUGAUCGCUUUUUGUCGACACCCGAAGACCCGUACGCGAAGAAACAAAACCAAAAACAAAACAAAACGGUGAGGAAAUAAUGAAGUGUUUUGUGGUUGUAUAACUCUCCGUUUAAAAACAACGAGUGGAUGGAAUGCCAUGCCGGUCUUUGCUCACCCCAUCAUAAAAACUUAGUUCCUCAUCACCAAAAUAAGGGUCACCACACUGUACGUGACAGUUUUAAUAACCAUAGAGCAAAUAAGAUAUUGUAUCAACGGGUAAUAUCAGCAGCGAGACAAACAAUACCCUUCAAGAAAGUGUGUGACCGAAUCCACCAACAGCUCUGCCCUUCUAGACGACUCUGGUAAACGCUCUGUAAACACCAGAGCAACGCAAGCGACAUGCGAUCCUUGCGAUACAUCCUGUUCUUGGCGACUGCCGCCGUUGUAGCGAUGGCGGUCGCCACUGGAGAGGCCAACUCCUCCACACUAUCCGCAGUGAGGGAGGAACAUCCAGAAACACUGGAUUUGAAAUUCCGCGUUCGUCGUUAUCCCAACGAUGAAGACGAUGUCGAGAUCGACGAAGAAGACGACAAUGAUGAUGACGAUGAUGAUGACGAUGAUGAUGAUGACUCCUACGAGGACGAGGAGGAAGAUGCAUUGAGUCUGGACACUGACAAUGCGCACCAACCUGCUGACGGGGAAUCAGUUACCGAAGACGCUGCGAUUGGUGUCGAAGACGGACGAAGAAAGUUGUACAACGAACGGUUUGAAGAUCGAGUUAAUGUAUACUCAAAUAUGAAAAACGGGGAUACCGACGACAACCAAACUGGGCAAGCUCUGAAAAAGAACAGAAAGAAAAAGAGAAAUGGUAGAAAGGCCAAUGGGAAGAAUAAGAUAAAGAAGAAUAGUGGAUUCUCCGAGAAGCAGUGCAAGCGGCUGAAAAGAAAAUUCAAGCAAUGCAAAAAGAAAUUGGGCAAGGGCAAGUGCAACAAGUUGAAGAAGAAAAAGAAGAAAAAAAUGAGAAUGAAGUGCAAGAAGAAAAAGAAGGCGUGGAGAGCCUGUGAGAAAUGGCUGAAGGAAAACCCAGAAACAUCCGCCCCCGGGGAAUCUUCGGCACCGUCCUUAUCACAAUCGCCCUCCGCGUCUCCGUCCUCCAGCACCAAUCCCACCAUUUCGACAUUUCCAAGCAUGGUACCAACAGUCUUAAGUUUCGAGAAAGAACGGAAGAGCCCCAAUAUUGAUUCUAUUGGCAAACCAAGUUCUUCACCAUCUAUGGUUGGCGGUAGGGACGGAUUCCUCGAAUCGCAGAGCCCAACACUCGAGAAGAUCAUCAUACCGAACGCCAGUGCAUCUCUUACAACAAAGGCGGCCUUCGACCAAAAUACGGCACCAUUAAUUGUGGAGGCCUCGUACAAAGUGGCUGUCCUCGAAAUCUUGAAGGGAUUCGACAUUCUGGAAGACGACAUCGUCGUUGACGUUGCAGCUACCAGGGCAGAUUGUGACCAAGUCUCUACCAAGCACUGCUUCAAGGUAGACUUGACCGUCAAGGCCGCCCCAGGUUCCAGCGUCGACCCAGAUGCUGCCAUUCAUUCGAUCAAGGAAGCCAUAGCGAACCGAGACUUUGCUACCAAGAUUCAUGAAGCAUCAGGUUUAACCGGUGUCAUCAUUUCUCCUUCGGCAAGCUCCACUUCUACCGCAGCUUUCGAUGCGAAUGAUGGAGUUACAGUUGAGGAUGUAGAGACUGCGUACAAUGAUGCUAUCAAGACCGUACUUCUAGAUUUCAAUAUCAUGGAGGACGAUGUACUCGUCGGUGUGAAUGCCGUAGAAGCAGAAUGCGGUGCUGAAGUUCCGAGCAAUAAGGAAUGUUUCAGAGUCGUAACAGAUAUUACGGUCUCCCCGACUUCGGAGAUUGAUCCAGAAACCGUCAUGAAAAAGAUCGAAAAAUCUAUCGCCAAGGAUGAUUUCGAGAAGGAGGUCGAGACAGCGUCUGAUUUGACCGGUUCGUCUAUUUCAAUCCCAACAGAAAAGUUAACUUCCAUUACCGCCGCGGUUGUUGACGAAAAUCAUGCCGCCGAUCCGUCAACUGUAGCGUCCGCGUACAAAGUAGCUAUCGAUGACAUUCUCAAAGAUUCAAACAUCGACGAGGACGAUUUUCUUGUCGACAUCCAAGCUGUCGCUGUUGACUGUGGUGAAAGCUUACCUGGCAAGAAGUGCUAUGAAGUGGUAUCCGUGAUCUCCACUUUCCCGACUUCGGAUGCUGAUCCUAGCACCGUCCUUGACAUAAUCGAAACAGCAGUUGGCCAAGGUACUUUGGCAGAUAAGGUUGAUGCUUUGGGUUUGGAUGAUGUAAUUAUUUCAAAUGCACCGUCUUCGUCUUUUAUUACGUCGGCAUCUUUUGGUCCAAAGACCAUUGCCGGGAAAGAUUUGACAGUUGACGACGUGGAGAGUGGAUACAAAACGGCGAUUAUGUCCAUCCUUGAGGGAGCCGGUAUUUCUGUUGAUGAUGUCACUCUUGAUGUCGAUGUAGUCGAAAGGACCUGUGAUGCCAAGGAAUCCGACAAGAGGUGCUUCGGUGUGGAAACCACAAUCACUACUUCCCCAAGUUCAAGUGUCGACCCAGAAGCUGCCAUCAAAUUGAUCGAAAAGCUCAUCACGAAAGAGGACUUUGCUGACACUACCGAGACAACAGGUUUGGUAGAUACUGCUAUCUCGAGCGUGCCAUCUUCGACUUCGGUCACGAUUGCAUCUUUCGAUCCUACUACAUCCAAAGGAACAGAAACAGCAGCCCAUGACGUCGAAGUCGCAUAUGAAAAAGCAAUCAAGUCCAUCCUGAGUGAAUCUGGCGUUAUGGCCAAUGAUGUCGUCGUUGAUGUUGUAGCAAUUCCUGUUGAUUGUGACUCGUCUGCCGAGAAGUGCUUCAGCGUCAAAUCUAAAAUCACACCUUCCGUGUCGUCUGACCUCGAUCCAGAAGAUGUGAUCGACCUGUUGGAAACAGCUAUUACCCAAGGAACGUUCACUGAUAAGAUCGAGACAGGUUCUAAUUUGGAAAAUGGAAUCAUAUCGAAUGCACCAUCAUCAACUUCCAUCACAAAUGCGUCGUUCAAUGAAGAGACCAUUUCAGGAAAACCGGCAACAGUAAUGGAUGUGGUCGGUGCAUAUGAAAAAGCUAUCGAAGAUUUUCUCGAGAAGGCCAACAUUGUAAACGGUGUUGAUGUACUUGUUGAAGUUGACGCAAUUGAGACCACCUGUGAUCCGGCCUUAUCAACCAAGAAGUGCUUCGCUGUGGAGAUAAUCGUGACAGCUGCGUCGGACUUUGCUGUCGAUCCGGAUUCUGUCAUUAAUAAAUUACAAAUUGCGAUCGAUCACGGUGAUUUCGCAAAGAAGGUCGAGGUGGGAUCAGGUUUGGCACAAGCGAUCAUCUCCAGUGCCCCGUCUUCGUCUUCAGUUUCUACCGCCGAAUUUGGCCACGACACCACAACAGGGGAAGCUCCAAAUGCCAAUGAUGUGGAAGCUGCAUAUAAAGAAGCAAUUGGAGAAAUCCUUGAUGUAGCCAAUUUUGUUGCUGAGGACGUUAUAGUUGAGGUCGGAGCAAUUGAAGUCGAUUGUGCUGUCAAUACCACUGAUACUAAAUGCUUCAAAGUUGAGACAAUUGUAACAGCAAUGCCAGAUUCUGAAGUUGACACCGAUGCUGUGAUCACAGCAAUUGAUACUGCCAUUGUUCAAGAGGACUUUACGAAGGAGAUUGAGAAGCUGUCAGAUUUGACAGACGCCAUUAUCUCCUCCACACCAUCAUCAUCUUCGAUUUCUAAUGUUGUCGUUGAUGACAAUGAUUUAGCAACAGAAGAGACUAUUGAAGAGGGAUACCAGGUAGCUAUUGAAGACAUCCUAGAUGAAUCAGGUAUCACACCUGACAAUAUCUUUGUAGAAGUUGAAGCUCUUGAGACAGAAUGUACGGACACCUCGACAGAGACCAAGUGCUUCACAGUUGAGACGACGUUGACAGCUUCCCCAACUUCUGAUGUUGAUCUAUCCAAUGUGAUUCAAACGAUAGAAAAUGUCAUCGCUGAUGAUAUGUUCCAAGAAAAGGUCGAGGACGUGACGAACGCUAGUGGUACUGCUGUAUCCAUCCCACUUGAAACUGCCACCUCUAUUUCAAAUGUUGCGCUCGAGGAAGGCUCGGCAACAACAGCCGAGGAGAUUAAAUCGGCAUACGAAGAGGCAAUCAAAUCCAUUGUUGAUGAAGAAGAUAUCAUGGAAAAUAAAGUGCUUGUUGGAAUCGAAGUAGUCGAGGCGGAAUGUACAACGGAUCUUGCUGCAAAGAAGUGUUUUACUGCUACGUCGACCAUUUCGGCUACCCCGAGCUCUGAUGUCAACCCGACGGAUAUCAUUGAAAAGAUUGAGCAGGAAAUUGCUAAAGGUACUUUUGAAGAGAAGGUCGAAAAAGCACCAAGUGUGACUGACUCAAUCAUCUCAAAUGCACCAUCUUCAGUUAUAGUCAGCACAGGAGUUUUCGACCAACUUACAACGGAAGGGGCAAUAACGACUCCUGCUGAUGCGGAGGCCGCAUACAAAGAAGCCAUUAAGUCUGCCCUCGAAGAAUCAAGUAUUGUUGUAGAUGACAUUCUUGUGGAGGUCGAAGCUGUCGAGGCUGAAUGCGACAAUGCACUCUCUGACAAGAAGUGCUUUGAUAUCAUAUCAACCAUCACAGCUUCUCCAAGUUCCGGCAUAGAUAUUGAUGCUACUAGUGAGAAAAUGGAAUCAGUCAUCGUAGACGGUACAUUCGAAAAUAAGGUUGCAGAAGUGUCUGACCUGACAAAUCCGAGUAUUGCAAUAGCGUCACCUUCAAUUUCCAUCACAAGCGCAGUAUUCGAUGAAAACACCGCGACUGGCACAACCACAACAGCUGAUAAUGUUGCGACAGCUUACAAGGAAGCAAUUGAUGAGGUUCUCAAUGAUGAAAGCCUUGACUCAAAGGAUGUUGUUGUUCAAGUUCAAGCGGUUGAGGCUAACUGUGAAUCAGGUAUCAUUGCUAAGAAAUGCUUCGAUGUCGAAACAUCAAUCAUUGGUAUGCCAAGUUCCGGUGUUAAUUCAGAUAGCGUCAUUGAAAUGAUUGAAAUAGCUGUUGCCAAAGGUGACUUUGAAGAACAGUUGGACGAAACAACUGGAUUGACAAAUGCUAUCAUUUCGAAUGCACCAUCUUCCACUUCUAUCACCACCGCGGAAUUUGAGGAGAAUAUAACUGGAGGAGUAGCCACAACAGCGAAUGAUGUGGAGGCUGCAUAUAAAACUGCUAUUGAAGGCAUCCUUGAGGAAGAGAAUAUCGCUUCCGAUGAUGUGUGGGUAGAAAUAGAAGCUCUGGAGAAGGGAUGUGAAUUAGCUUCUGCGUCCACUAAAAAAUGCUUUCAGAUUGAAACAACUGUGACAGCAUCACCAUCCACCAGUGUCGACACGGAAGAGAUCAUUGACCAUAUCAGGACUGCGGUUACCCGGGGGGACUUUGCGGAUCAGGUUGAGACAGGUUCAGAUCUAUCUGGCGCACUCAUUUCAAACGCACMAUCUCUGGAAUCAAUCACGCACGCCGAAUUCAAUGAAACUACAGAACUUGGAGCGCCAACAACAUCUGAUGAUGUGGAGUCUGCAUAUGAGAAAGUAAUCCAAUCCAUCCUCGAGGAGACAGAUAUCAAGGCAGAUGAUGUUCUUGUUGAAGUCGAUGUAGUUGGAGUGGAUUGUGAUGCAGAUAUGACCGCUAAGAAGUGCUUCAAAGUUGAGUCACUUGUAACAGCUUUGCCAGGUUCUGAUAUUGAUACCGAGGCUGUCAUGGAUACAAUUGCAACAGCUGUUGGUAAAGGUGACUUUGCAGAGAAGGUUGAAUCACUGUCAGAUUUGACAGAUGCUGCUGUUACGUCUAUAGAAGCUCUAUCCUCCACUUCCAGUGCUAUUCUUGAUGAUGAUGCUUCGGCAACGCAAGCAAAUCUUGAAGCAGGAUAUCAAGUAGCCAUUGCAGAUAUCCUAGAUGAAUCAAAUAUUACACCUGAUGAUGGUUUUGUGGAAAUAGAAGUAGUUGCAGUGGAUUGCGAUGCUAAGUUUUCGCUGAAAAAGUGUUUUAGCGUGGAGACAACGUUCACAGCUUCCCCAACUUCCAAUGUUGAACCAGCAACCGCGAUUGAAGCUAUUGAAAUGGCCAUUGCGCAAGGGAAUUUUUCCGACAAAGUCGAAGCAACAAGCGAAUUGGUAAACACGAACCCAAUUAUUUCUGUUCCUCUUGUAUCAGCCACAUCCAUCUCAAACGCUUUCAUUGAUCAGGACGCUCUUGCAAGCAAUGAUGAUAUUCAAUCAGGAUUUUUAGAAGCAAUCCAAGAUACUCUAAAUGAAUCAGAUCUAAAAGAAAACAUCCUUGUUGAAGUGGAAGUGCUAGAGGCGGAAUGUAGCACCGAGUUGAAUGAAAAGAAGUGUUUCAGUAUCAAGUCAACCGUCACAGUAGCCCCAAGUUCUGGCACAGAUCCAGAGACUGUAAUGGAUAAGAUUGAAGUGGCGAUUGCUGAAGGUAAACUUGACGUAAAAAUUGAAGCGUCACCAGGUAUCACAGGUGCGGGAAUUUCAAACGCCCCGUCUUCAACUUCCCUUUCAAGCGCUUCAUUCGGUGAUUCUGCGACAGCAGAGGAUGUAGAGGCAGCAUACGAGGUAGCCAUUACGUCUACUCUUUUGGAAGAGAAUAUUGAUUCAGGUGAUGUUCUAAUUGACGUGGAAGCAGUUCAAAUCGACUGUGAUAAAAACUCGUCAUCCAAGAAGUGUUACGUUGUUGAGUCAGUUAUCACAGCUACCCCAUCGUCUACUAUCGAUCCAGCCUCUACAGUAGAGAAGAUAGAGAAGUCGAUCGACGAAGGUGACCUUGCCGGCCUCAUUGAGACUUCAUCGGGUUUGGUUGACGCAGUCAUUUCGAACGCACCUACGUCGACGACAAUUGCAACUGCAUCAUUUGGAGAUGAUAUCUUAGCAGGAUCACAAGACUACGUGGAGAGUGUAUUGGAAGUGGCAAUCAACGAUGUCCUCACUGAAGCCAAUAUUUCAACCGAUGAUGUUCUUGUGGAAGUAGGAUUAAUCGAGACCACCUGUGACUCUUCGGAAACAGAGAAGAAGUGCUUCAAUAUCGAAUCGACCGUUACCGCUUCUCCUUCCACUGGUAUUGAUCCUAAGGAUGUCAUCGAAGAGGUGAAAAAGGCAAUUGACAAAGGUGACAUUGUCAACGCGAUUGAGACGUCAUCGAGUUUGACAGAUGCGAAUAUUUCGAAUGCCCCAUCGUCGACCGCGGUUACAACGGCGGCGUUUGAUCAAAAUGAUGAAGCAUCGGCAGAAGACGUGAAAAAAGCAUAUGAAGACGUAGUCGAAAAUAUUUUGACAGAAGCCAAUAUUUCCACGAAUGAUGUUCUUGUUGAAGUUGAGGUAAUCGAAACUACAUGCAAAACUCAUAUGUUAUCGGACAAGAAGUGCUUUGAUGCCGAAGUAUCCGUAACAGCUCCACCUUCCACCGGAGUUGACCCGGGAUCUACCAUUGAAAAAGUCAAGGAGGCCAUUGUCGGGGGCGAUUUCGUGGAUAAAAUUGAAGACACUUCCAAUUUAGAAGGUUCAAUAAUUUCAUUGCCAAUCCAAUCGAGUGGCUCCGAUUCUACUGCAGCAGUUGAUAAAGUUACGACCACAGGACAGCCUGUUGGGGCCGAUGAUGUGGAAGAAGCAUACAAAGAGGUAAUCGACUCUAUUUUGGAUGAUUCUGGCAUUAGUAAGGAUGAUGUUGUUAUCGAGGUUGAAGCAGUAAAGGCCAACUGCGACGCAGAGUUAUCAUCAGACAAGAAGUGCUUCGAUGUUGAAUUUGUCGCCACCGGAUCAUCUCCAACUUCGGUAGUUGACCCUGAUGAUGUAUUGAAACAGGUGAAGGAAGAAAUUCUCGGAGGUGGUUUUGCGGAAAAGAUGGAUGAGAAGUCCGACUUGGAAGGCGCUAUUAUAUCAUUUCCGCCGCAAACAAGUAGCUCAAAUUCUGAUGCAGUGGUUGAUACAGUAACAUCAACAGGAAAACCUGUUGUGGCUGAAGAUUUGGAAGAAGCAUACAAAGAAGUUAUCGAAUCUGUUCUGGCAAAUAAUGACAUUGACAAAAAUGAAGUCACCAUUGAUGUCAAAGCAGUUGAGGAUGACUGCUCAGUAGAUGUAUCCUUGGAAAAGAAGUGUUUCAAUGUUGAAUCUGUUGUUACAGCUGAUCCAAACUCUGAAGUAGAUACAGAUGAGGUCAUAAAAGAUCUGGAAAAGGUCAUUACCGAUGGUGAUGUUAUUGUGAUGGAUCGUGACAAAGACUUUGAAUUUGUUCCCUCAUUGCCACCGGUAUCCAAUACCUUCAAGUCAGAUGUAGCAGUUGACCAAGUUACUGCUACAGGAAAAUAUACUGGAGCGAAGGAUGUAGAAGGAGCUUAUAAAGAAGCAUUUGAAACUAUUCUGGAAGAUGCCGGCAUUGCUGCAGACAAUGUUAGCGUGAAAUUCAGAGCAAAGGAGAGUGAAUGUGACAAUUUACCUACCGGGAAAAAGUGCUAUACUGUUGACUCUGCUGUCGCCGUUACUCCAGAGCGAGGUCAGCAUCAAGAAGAUAUUGACCAAAAGAUCAAACAGAUUGUUAGAGCAGUCUUUGAUGCAAUGCUUGAUGGUGACUUUGCUGACAACGCUGACAAAAAGUCAGAUUUAGAGGGUGUAAUUGUUACAUUACCACUUCAAACUAGUAGCAGCAAUUCUGAGGUAGUAGUUGAUAAGAUUACCGAAAUAGGAGAAGUCACUGGGGAGGAAGAUGUAGAAGGAGCAUUCAAAGAUGCAAUCAAAUCCGUGCUCAAUGAUAACAAAAUCAGCAUGGAUGAUGUUGUUGUGGAAGUGAAAGCAGUAGAGAAGGAAUGCAAAGAUUUGCCCUCUGACAAAAAGUGCUUCGAUGUUGAAUCUGUCAUCACAGGAUCAUCUCCGACCUCAGUUGUUGAUACCAACAACGUCAUUGACGAGAUGAGGGAUGCAAUCCUUGGAGGAGAGUUCUCUGAGAAGGUGGACGAGAAGUCUGAUUUGGAAGGUGCAAUCAUAUCAUUACCACUUGAAUCCAGUAGUUUCAAUUCUGAUGCAAUAGUUGACCAAAACACUGAAACAGGGGCUCCCAUUGAGGCAGGAGAUAUGGAAGAAGCGUUCAAUGAAGUGAUAGAGUCUAUUUUAGAAGAUGAUGGCAUCAGUGUGACUGACGUUGUUGUUGACUUGAAGGCACUCGAGGUUGAUUGCGAUGACUCCUUAUCGGACAAGAAGUGCUUCAAUGUAGAAACCACCAUCACAGCUGAUCCAACAACCGGAGUUAACACUGACGAUGUCGUGAAGAAGGUUGAAAUAGCUAUUGCAGAAGGAGACUUUGGCGUCCAGGUGGACGACAAGACAGGCUUGGAUGGUACGAACAUUUCCUUGCCAGAGGUUCCAAACGGUAUUCCAUCGGCCAGUACUAUGACAAACGCAGCAUUCGUUUAUAAUACAGCAGAAGAGGUCGUAGAAGCCAGUUAUGAAGUGGCCAUCGUAGAUAUCUUGGAAGAAUCAAAUAUUAUGAGUGAAGGCGUUGUUCUUGAAGUUGAAGCUGUCGAGGGUGAAUGCGGAGCCAAUUUGUCCGUGAAAAGAUGCUUUGAAGUAGGAAUUACUGUAGGUGCUACUCCAAGCUCUGGGAUCGAUCCUGAUAUUGCCAUGCAAGAAAUUGAAAAGGCAAUAUCCGAAGGUGCUUUUUCGGAAAAGAUUGAGAGUUCAGGAGUCUCGGGUGGAUUCUUCUCUUUAGGACCUUUGAAAGGACCAUCUGCCAUCUCUACUUCCAAAUUGAAUGUGGCUGAUGAAAAUGCGACAAGUGAGGAUGUGAAAACUGCUUACAGCGGUGCAAUCGAAGACUUAAUUGAGGAGAUAAACAUUGAUGCUGAUGCCGUUGCUACUGACAUCAAAGUAGUUGAGGCAGAUUGUGAAGGAAGUGCGGAAGGAAAAUGCUUCACAGUCGAAGCAGUUGUCACAACUUUGCCAGGUUCUGGUGUCAAUCCAAAUGACGUCGUUGAAAAGCUCGAAAGUGCCAUUUUACAAGGUGAUUUCGACGAUGUUCUGAUGAAUACAGGUUUGUUAGAAACAGCAACUUCGCUGCUCGCCUCGCUUGAUUCCAACGUGUCUUUCGAUAAUCCCGCCGCGACAACCGACGAAGUCGAGACUGGAUACGAUGAAACAAUCAAAGCAAUCCUUGAAGAAAACGGCAUUGCAGACGGCGUCAAGGUUCAUAUCGAUGCUAUCCCGACCGACUGUUUAUCAGGAAGUGAUGGGUCGUGCUUUGAGGUGGAGUCCAAUUUUACAGCUGUUCCAGGAACUGGGGUUGAUCCAAGAGAUGUAAUUGAAAAAGUUGAAGAAGCAAUUAAGGAAGGCGAUUUUUCCGACGUACUCGCGCAAAAGCCAGAUUUGACAGGCGCAGAUGUUUCAGUUUCAUCCAGUCCUUCGGGGGCACCCGUUCCCGGUACCGAUGCCCCCUCUGGGGCACCCACCGAUACUUGGGCGCCCACUACCUUCCUCCCGAAGUGCAAAGUUUCGCGCAAAUCUGAUCUAGAUGCUGUUGUUGACGUCUUGACAGCCAUCGAUGAGGGAUGGAUCGCUGCCACUUUCAAUCGCAGAUUGGAGAAUGUGAGGUGCGUCGAUUGCACCGGAGUUGAAUUCGUCGAUUGCCGCGACGUAGAAUGCGUCGCGAGAAACUCUUGUGCGAAUACAUCAUUUAAAAGUACGGUCGACACUUUUGAUCCAUCCAUAUCGGAGGAAGAACAAAUGAACGUGCACUGCAUUGGAGAUCACAGUUGUAGGAGCGGUGACUUUACAGGCAUCGAUGCCAUCACCUGCCGUGGAGAAGAUUCCUGUGCCCAGGCAAUUGUCAAACGCAGUUACGAUUUGGAGUGUGCGACUGAUAACUCCUGCAGAGGCUUAGAAUUCCAGUAAAGGAGAUUGGAACACUGAAGUAUCGCAUCUCUAUCAAUCGCCUGCCAAGUAAAGUCCAGUAACUGGAGUCUCAAUGGGGCAGAUCCAGUAGAGUACGGAAAAAAAUUAUCAUGCGUGUUGUUAAAAAUGAAAAAAAUUGUGGAUAACAGAAUGAAUAAAUUAGAACAGCAUAA